UCGCAAGAUCUGAUUUUUUUUUUCCCUCUUUAACAAAAGAGAGAGAGAGAGAGAAAGAGAGAGAGAGGGGCAAGUGGCUAAGAAAUGCACCUCCAAGUCUUUAAAAAUCUUUUUGUUUUGUUUUGUGGAGAAAAAGAAAGAGAGAACCAUCAAACGAAGUGAAACAAGCUUCUUCGAGAUCUGUCCACUUUUGUAUGCAGGUUCUUUCAGUUUCUUUAUCCUUGGAGGAUCAAGUAGAGGAAUGAUAAAAAGAUGGGAAGGAAAGGAAAUUGGUUUUCUAGUGUAAAGAAAGCUCUUAGCCCUGACUCCAAAGAGAAGAAGGACCAGAUAUCGAAUAAGUCGAAGAAGAAAUGGUUUGGCAAGCAAAAACAACGAGAUUCCGACUCUACAUCUUUGGAACCUGUUACAUUGCCAUCUCCUCCUCCACAAGAAGAGGUGAUAUUAACAAAUGCAGAGAAUGAACAGAACAAUCAUGAUUACUCAGACGUGGUUGCCCCUACUGUGACUGUUGAGACUGUGGCUGCUCCUACACAGCCUGCCACAGAGGUUGUCCAACUGACUACAGUUGCUCAGCCUAAGUUUGCUGGCAAAUCUGGGGAAGAAGCAGCAGCAAUCAUGAUUCAAACAGCAUUCCGAGGAUACCUGGCUAGAAGGGCAUUGCGUGCUUUAAGAGGGCUGGUUAGGCUGAAAUCACUAAUGGAAGGUUCUGGUGUAAAACGUCAAGCCACAAGUACCCUCCGGUGCAUGCAGACUCUAGCUCGCGUGCAAUCUCAGAUUCGUUCUAGGAGGAUCAGAAUGUCAGAGGACAAUCAAGCUCUUCAGAGACAACUCUUACAGAAACAUGCAAAAGAUCUUGAGAGCUUGCGGCUUGGGGAGGAAUGGGAUGAUAGCCUGCAGUCAAAGGAGCAAGUUGAAGCAAGCCUACUUAGCAAGCAUGAGGCAGCUAUUAGAAGAGAAAGAGCGCUAGCUUAUGCAUUCUCUCAUCAGCAAACCUUGAAGAAUUCUUCAAGAUCUGUGAACCCAAUGUUCAUGGAUCCAAGCAAUCCCAGCUGGGGUUGGAGCUGGUUGGAACGGUGGAUGGCUGCCAGGCCAUGGGAAAGUCGUGGUACAAUGGAUAAAGAUUUGCCAAAUGACCACUCAUCUGUUAAGAGUCAAAGCAUUAACGGUGGAGAAAUCAAUAAAUCAUAUGCUCGGUACCUUCUCAAUUCUGAAAAGGAUUCACCAACAGCCAGCCAAAAGACAACCCAAUCUGCAUUCCAGUCCCCUCAAACUCCGUCAAAACCAGUUUUCUCAACACUACCGAAGAAGGUGAAGUCAGCAAGCCCAAGGGGCCGUCGAAUUCUAGAUGAUGACACUAAAAGCAUGGUUAGUGUGCAAUCUGAUAAGUUUAGGAGGCACAGCAUUGGUGGGUCAUCAAUUAGAGAUGAUGAGAGCCUUGCAAGCUCCCCAGCACUUCCAAGCUACAUGGUACCGACUGAAUCUGCAAGAGCAAAGUCCCGCUUGCAAAGCCCAUUCGGAUCAGAAAAGAAUGGAGUGCUGGAGAAGGGAUCCUCAGAAUCCGCAAAGAAACGGCUAUCAUUCCCAGCCUCUCCUGCCAGGCCCAGGCGGCAUUCUGGUCCCCCAAAGGUAGACACGAGUUCUGUUACAGAAAACAAUGAGACCAAUGGCAUCGUCGCUCACAUUGUCAGUUAAUCAUAUUGAACAGAAGAGCAGAGGGAUAGCAGCUUUAUGGGGUUUCAGAAAGGCAAGGAGAAAUGGAGGUAUAGAAAUGAAAGCUCAUUUUCAUUUGUGAAUCAUCCAAUUUAUUUAGUUUAUAAAUUCUCAGAAGUUGGUGUGGGGUAUAAGUAAUCUCUAGGGAAGUGGAAAAUCUCAUGUUAUUUCCUUUCCCACAUUUGUUUAUUGAUAUUUCUUAUUAUUUUCUUUCAUAUUUGUGUGGGUUGUUCUUAACAUUGUAAUGAAUGUCAGAAACCCAUCUUGUGUCUUGAAUGCAUUACCCAUAAACAACAGAUGACAUUCUGUUAAUUUUAUUGAAUACUCAAAUUGUUAUA